CCUUGUCCUCUUGGAUGCAACCUCUGCCGAGUUCUGUCCAACACGUGCCGCCGCGAUCCUCAACCCAUCACGUCGCCAAACAUCCGCAUCAGCCGCCACCAUGCCCGUCGUCAAGGGAGGCGUGUGGACCAACAUCGAAGAUGAGAUCCUCAAGGCGUCGGUCAGCAAGUACGGGCUGAACCAAUGGGCGCGCGUGUCGUCGCUGCUGGCGCGCAAGACGCCCAAGCAGUGCAAGGCCCGAUGGAACGAAUGGCUCGACCCCAGCAUCAAGAAGAUCGAGUGGAGCAAGGAGGAGGACGAGAAGCUGCUGCACCUCGCCAAGUUGAUGCCCACGCAAUGGCGCACCAUCGCCCCGAUCGUCGGCCGCACCGCCAACCAGUGCCUGGAACGCUACCAGCGCCUCCUCGACGAAGCCGAGCAGCGCGAGGCCUCAUCGCUGGGCCUGACCGGUCCCGACGGCGGCGAGACCCGCGCACCCACCGCCGAUGACGUCCGCCGUCUGCGGCCCGGCGAGAUUGACCCGGACCCCGAGACGAAGCCCGCCCGGCCCGACACGAUCGAUCUCGACGAGGACGAGAAAGAGAUGCUUAGCGAGGCCCGCGCGCGCUUGGCCAACACCCAGGGCAAGAAGGCGAAGCGGAAAGCCCGCGAGCGACAGCAGGAAGAGUCACGCCGACUGGCGGUGCUGCAGAAGCGGCGAGAGCUCAAGACGGCCGGCAUCAACAUCAAGGUCACGACGCGCAAGAAGGGGCAGAUGGACUACAACGCAGACAUCCCGUUCGAGAAGAAGCCCGUACCAGGCUUCUACGACACCACCGAGGAGAUCCAGCGCAACGAGUUCCAGCGCGCCCACUUCGACCCAAAGAAGCAGCAGGUCGGCAACAAGCGCAAGGGCGAGCAGGACGAGGACGCCGAGCGAAAGCGGCGGAAGAACGAGAAGGACGGGCCGAGCGCCUCGCUGCAGGCCGCCCUCAAGGCCGGCCAGAUGCAGAAGCUCCGCGAGGCCGAGCAGAGCAGCAAGCGGAAGCCCCUGGUGCUGCCGGCCCCGCAGGUCAGCGAGGGCGAGCUGGAGGAGAUUGUCAAGAUGGGCGUGAUUGGCGAACGGGCGAGCGCGAUGGCCCGGGAGAGCGACAACGACGCCACGCGCGGGCUUGUGGGCAACUACUCGACCAUCAACACGAACGCGCCCAUCAGGACGCCUCGCGCGCCGCCGCAGGAGGACCGCAUCGCCAACGAGAUCCGCAAUAUUCGGGCCUUGACCGAGACGCAGUCCUCGCUUCUCGGCGGGGAGAACACACCCCUCCACGAAGGAGCAGGGUCUACGGGGUUCGAGUCCGUCGCGCCUCGGAAACAGGUCAUCGCUACGCCGAACCCGCUGGCGACGCCCCUGCGCCCCGCCGCGAACGGUGUCGGUGCCACGCCCCUCCGAGUUGGACAAACCCCACUACGGACGCCGCGGGACACCUUCUCCCUGAACGCAGCCGACAAGGAGAUGGACAUGGUCGGGGGCACGCCAGCAGAUGCCAGGAUGCGUGAGCUGUCGCUCCGCCACCAGCUCAAGCAGCGCCUGGCCGCCCUCCCCAAACCGAAGGAGACCGAGUGGGAAUUGGAGCUCCCCGAGGAUCAGCAGGAGCCCAAGACGGCCGAGCAGCUGGAGGAGGACGCUGCCGAGCGCGACCGCAGGGAACGCGAGAUCCGCGAAGCACAGGAGCUUAUCGAGCGCAGGCGGCGGACGCAAGUGAUGCAGCGGGACCUGCCCCGCGCUGUCACAGUCGACUACGACGCCCUCCUCCGCGCGGCCUCAGAGGACGCCCAAGACCCAGCCGAAGCCCUGGUCGCUCGCGAGGCGGCCCUGCUGAUGGCGCACGACGCAGCCAAGUACCCGCUGCCGGGUGCCCCGCCAGCCGCAAAGCCCGUCGACCUCCCGCAGAUCGACGAUGCGGCCCUGGCUGAAGCGCGCCUGCAAAUACUUCUCGAAAUGAAGAACACCCCGAAGCCCGACGAGGUGCAAGCAGUCUGGAACAAGGAAAACUCGAACGCGCUGCUCCUCGGCCUAGGCUGCUACGACUCGGACGACGAAGAGGACCAAGUCGCGACGAUGAAGUCCGCUCUCGACUCCGCCCUCGAGUCGCUCCUCGCCUCCGCGGAAAAGGGCAACAAGCUCGAGAAGAAGCUGGCCCUGCACCUGGGCGGGUACCGGCGCCGCGCCGACGCGCUGCGCGCCCGCGCCCAAGAGGCGCACGCCGCGCUCGAGAAGGCUCGCCACGCGCUCGCCGGCUUCCGCGUCCUGCGCGCCAGCGAGCAGGCCGCCCUGCAGCGGCGGCUCGCGGCGCUGCGCGCCGAGGUCGCCUUCGUGAGCACGCGCGAGCGUGAGGCGCAGGAGCUGUACCGUAGUCUGAAGGAGGAGUUGGAGGAGCUUAGGGCUGCCGUUGAUGGGCGGUGAAUUGCGGGGUGUAUUCUAAUCUUUGCAUGAGGGGAUUACAAGGAGUUGGUUGAAGGGCGGGCGUUCUAUGCGUGUCAGUGUGUUGAACGCCGGUUUGCAGAGGGACAGUAUCUAGGUCCAGACGAGAAUAGAAUGAAACCAGAUCGCGAUUGGCAUGCUGCGAAAUGGUGCCUCUUACUCGGGUAUCAACAUCGCUCAGUGAUCUUAAGUCCCUUUU